AUGCAGUUAAAAGAGGUUUCGAUCCCGCAAUCUUUGGCUGUGGGUACCAAUGCAUUUCUCGUCAAUAUCUUUGCAGACAGCCUUUGUGUACCCGAUCGUAAAACAACCAUAGCAGAGCCCAUUGACAGGGACACUGUUAUCCAUAUGGAGAUUGAAAUACCAUUUAGUAUUCACUCAAAACUAUUUGGAGAGAAACGGCUGUCCAUGAUAUAUACAAUUCAAGCAAAAAAUAAGCCCUCAGUCAUACCUUCGUGUCCCUAUAAGCUGCUCAACGCUUUAAAAAUCGACACCAAUAAACGGGGGUACUCAGCCAGAUUGAUCGAUCAAAUUUUGAAUUCAGAACGCCAUAUUAUUGGACUACAAUUACUGGUAGAGUCUUUAUCAGCAAGUGCAGACGAACUUAUUAAAGAUAUUUUAGAAGUAAUCAAAAAAGAAGUUAAUAUAAAGUUGGAGCAGAUGACUGCUGCGAAGGAGCUUAAACAAAUACUUAAAGCCAAUAAAUACAUACACAAGGUUGACAAUGUAUUGCCAGAUGUUGAACAAGCCCAACGAUCAAGAUUUCAGGCUCGAGUAUCAUAUACCUGCAUAUGUAUUUGUUUCAAUAACUACUUUAUGCUGUUUCUAUAG